AUGCCCUACCAAUGUUUCCAAGAAGCACGAGCCGUGCUCGCCGAAGACCGUUCCCGGAAACUCUUGGAGAUAGCAGAAAUGCGAAAACGAAUAGCUUUCUGGCAGAAUGUGCCGGCGAGUGAUUUGGGGGGGGAGUAUGCGAAGAAGGGGAAGUUGGUGAGGAUGCAGAGGUAUUUGGAGCAGUUGAAGAUCUUGGCGGAUGUGAAUGACCCGGUUAUCAAGAAGAGAUUUGAGGAUGGGAUGGGAGACAUGGAUCGCCCAAUCUACCGCUACCUCGCUGACCGCAAAUGGCGCGAGUACAAACGCAAACUCCUCAUGCAACGCAUAUCCCAAAUGCACAUCGUCCCUGACAUGCUCCCACACCUCGACCCCAUCGCCGAAGUCUCCCUCGGCUUCGGUCGACGCAACGUCCAGCCUGGCGAAUUCGUCGAUUCGCGCGUUAGCGAGAUACCGGCACGGCUGAACGUGCGGGUCUUUGAUAAGGGGGAGAGGUUGGUCAGUAUAGCGGUCGUGGACCAAGAUGUGCCGGAUGAGGAGCGAGAUAGUUUCGGCUCGAGAUGUCACUUUCUGGCUGUGAAUGUACCGUUGAGUCCGACGAAUACUUCGAUACCGUUGUUCAAGUUGAAAAAGGAGGAGCAUAUUGUGCAUCCUUGGCUGCCGCCAUACGCGGAAAAGGGCGCACCGUACCACCGGUUGGCGGUUUUUGUUAUACAGCAAGAUGGUGCUUGGAAGGGAGCGAGCUUGGAUAUCAAGGCUUUGAGAGAGAGUUCGAGGAAUAAAAGGGACGGCUGGAAGAUUCGAAGAUUUGUGGAUAAGAAGCCGCUGAAGCCGAUUGGGAUGCAUUUGUUCAGGAGCAAAUGGGAUGAGGGGACCGAUGGAGUGGUGACGAGGGCGGGCGUUAAGGGGAUGAACAUCGAGUUUACGAGGAAGAAGCCCGAGAAGCUACCAUAUAAGAAGAAGGAUGGAGCGAGAUACAGGUAA